AAAAACCCCAAAGAUGAAUAAUACAUUAAAUGAUACUCUAAUAUCUUCUUUAUCAAAAGAUUUUUAAGGAACUGAAUUUGGGGAGGGACCAAAAAGUGAUUAAUAUAAAUUAAAGUAAUCUUUUUAUAGUAUAUAGACUGGGAAAAUUGGAUAUGAUAAUGACUCCAAUAAGUAACUCAUUAACAGAAGAUUUUGAAUAGAUGACUUUGGAUACUUCACCAAAAGAGAGUAUUGUAAAUCAUAAAUAAUGUUAAUAUAUUGACACUAUCAAUGAAUAAGAAGAUAAUAAAAGCAAAUUAUAAGUAAAUUUAAACCAUAUGAUUAAUAGAAAUAUCAAAGUUUCAAGAUGCCUAAAGAGUAAAUUAGAAGAUCACCUAAACACAAAACUUGUUAACCAUUACAAACUUUAUCUUCUUGGGAUAUUGAUGAAUUUAAUUAAAAAAGUCAAAUACAUUAACAAUUAUCAGACAAUCCUUCAAUGAAUGCUUAGACAUUAAAAUUUAUAAAAGAACUAUGGAAUUCAGACAAGAGCGAGACUGAAUAAUAUAAUGAGAUGAUUCAAUACAAAAUUUCAUAUCUAAAUCAAUCUAUAUAUUCUCCUUUGAUUGAUUGUCAUAAUCAAAUAUACAUUGAGAUGGAUUUAUAUAUAACAAAUUUAAUUGUAAGAUUUAAAAUAAUAUAAUCUAGGAUUAAUUAUGGGGUAAUUAGAUAGUUAGUAGAAAAUUACAAAAGAUUCUUGAAUCUGGUUCAAAUGAUUAAAAAGAAUUAAUUGUUCAAAAAUUGGAGAAUGCAAGUCCAUAAGUUGAAAAAGACAUCUUCGGUAAUUAUGUUGUGUAAAAAGUCUUUGAAUGCAGUAUUCAUAUUUAUAUAUUAUUUUAUAGAUGAUAAUAAAUUGUAACUUAGAAUGUUCAAUAAACUCAAACCUCACUUUUAUGAUUUGUCUAAAAACACUUAUGGUUGCAGAGUCAUUUAGAAAUUAAUCGAAUAUACUUAUAAUCAAAAUGAUCUCUAAAAUAUAAUCUUGUAAUAAUUAUAAAUCAAUAUGCGAUCUUUGAUUUUUGAUUUGAAUGGAAAUUACGUCAUUUUCAAAAUGCUCGAAAUUUAUGAUAAAUAAAAAAUGGAAUUUAUUAUUCCUAUAGUUGAAGAAUCAGUAUUUGAUAUAAUCCAUAUUUAUAGUUCAAUUAUUUGGGAUAGUAAAUUUAUGGUUGCAAGAUUAUUCAUAAAAUUAUUUAAUAAUAUUCUCAACAAUAAAUAAUAAAGAUCAUAAGACUGUCUGUCUCAAAUUACAAUAUCUUAAGUUAAACAGAAUAUGGAAAUUAUGUAUUAUAACAUAUUCUCCAAUUUUGGAUACCAAGUCAAGAGAAAACUUAUUUAGUUUAAUUAGUUGUACAACAGUUUUUUCAACUCAGCAUUAAUAAAUAUGCUAGGUAUUCUUAAAAACUAUGAUUACGAGUAAUACUGUUGAAAGAGCAUUAGAGGUAUUGGGCAAACAAGAAUUAAUUUGUAUUAUGAAAUGGUUACUUUCCAAAAGUUCUAAUCAAUAGUAAAAUCUUAAAAAUGAUUUUUAUAGCACUAGUAAUUUCGUAGUAUUAGCUAAUCAUUAAUGUGCAAACUAUGUAAUAAAGAAAUUCUUAGUGCUAAGUGAUCACAAUGUACUAAAAUAUAUUUCAGAUCACUUAUAUUAGAACCAAUCUGAAUAAUCAGCAAUUAACUAAACUGUUCAUGGUAUUAAUAAAUCUAUUAUUUUAGGUUAAAGAUUAAAAAGUUUUUUAGAAAAGUAAAUUUAAAAUUGGCCUUGA